CCAUUUUACUGUGUGUGCUCAGGGGGUUUCUUUGCCAUCUGCGAUCACCGCGCUCAUGUGUUUGUGUGUUCAGCCUUAUGCACACACAAUAAACUUUUUUUUACCGGACACCAGAUAGAAUUUCAAAGACACCUGCACCGAAAACAAUAAUAUUCGGAACAUUUCUUCCGGACAUAAUCCUGAACUGCUCUGGAGGUCAUUUUCCGUUUGUGGCUUUUAGUGCCCUUUUCAACGAUUUCUGUUUCAGUCGAAACAGGAGCUCGGAAACAUGUUGAGGAGAGGAGGUCUUUCUUUUGAAAGGUUCCCGAAGUUGGGACGCCAAUGAUGCGCGAUGCAAGAGGAACACACACUCUGGGCAUCACUGAACUCAUCUAGAGGACCACAUCUCAUCUCCUCCCCCAUCUUAAUUCUACUGACCUCCUCCCUGCCUAACUCCCUCCUCCAUCCCAGUUUAAGACUCCCCCCUCCUUAACUCUACUGACCCCCCCCCCCACCUCCAUCCCAGUUAAAGACUCCCCCUCAUUAACUCUACCUGUGAGAAGAAAGCUGGUGGGCGGGCCCACUGUAUGAUUCCAUUGCCCACUUCUUAACACCUGUGAAACACUGACCAAUCACCAUGCAGACAUCAUCUCUCCGCCGCCAGGUGAAGAACAUGGUCAACCAAUACUCAGAGGCAGAGGUCAAGGUCCGCGAGGCGACCUCCAACGACCCGUGGGGCCCCCCCUCCUCUCUGAUGUCAGAGAUCGCUGACCUGACCUUCAACGUGGUGGCGUUCACUGAGGUCAUGGGUAUGAUCUGGAAACGCCUCAACGACAGCGGGAAGAACUGGAGACACGUCUACAAGGCCCUGACUCUACUCGACUACCUGAUCAAAACGGGCUCGGAACGUGUGGCGCAGCAGUGCAGGGAGAACGUCUACACCAUACAGACCCUACGGGACUUCCAGUUCACAGACAGGGAUGGCAGGGACCAGGGGGUGAAUGUUAGGGAGAAGGCCAAGCAGCUGGUGGCCCUGAUGAGGGAUGAGGAGAGGCUGAAACAGGAGAGGACCCUGGCCCUGAAGACCAAGGAGAGGAUGGCUGGAGCAGCUGCAGGGUCAGGGAUGGGCUCUAGUUCUCUACCUCCACCCUACCCAGGCCGCCGUAGCAGCCAGCCCAGCAUGACUGCUCUCUAUGGGGAGGACUUCAGCCGGUCCAGGGAGGCCCAUUCCUCUUUCAACU